CAGUAGUAAGCAAAAUGGCGCCAUUGUGGAUGAUGAUGUGUUUAGCAGUUUCUUUAUUUUUAAUACCUUUUUUUAUGUUUUUGCUUGCUAUCAUCUUCUUGGCAUCUAUCGGAAAGUCAUUUGGUGUUAGGAGGUUAUAUAUCAAAUUACUACUAGCACUUUUUGAGUAUGGCAGGCAAAACAUAGAGAGUGUGAAGAAGAGGAACGGUACUUGGAAUGAGAAUAACGAGGAUGUGGAUGAAGAAUACGAGUCACGGCACGUCGAGAAACAAAAUGUGCAAAAUUGGAAAACGGAGAACAAAAUGCAGAAUGGUAUGUUGAGCAAUAACGUGAUAGCUAGAUCGACAGAUCUGAUCUUGGUACCCGAGCCUGAAAUGCAGAACCAUAAAAAUCAUCUUGAAGAAACAAAAGCGGAGAGUUCUCAGACUACUCUUAUCCGUAAUGAUUCAUUUGAAACGUUAAAACGAGAGUUUACACCUGCGAUUUGUUUGGAUUAUAUUAAAGCUGGUGUAGAGGCUAUUAUCGAAGAUGAGGUGACGUCUCGCUUCGAGGCGGAAGAGUUGAAGAAUUGGAAUCUGUUAACCAGAACAAAUAGACAUUAUGAGUUCAUUUCUUGGAAACUAACAGUGAUAUGGAUGUGUGGUUUUGUUAUGCGAUAUUGCUUUCUUCUUCCUUUAAGAAUAUUCAUUUGUUUUAUUGGAGUGAUGUGGCUGACAGUAUGUACUGCAGUUGUGGGCUAUGUGCCAGAGGGUAGUUUCAAACGAUGGCUGAAUUACAAAGUCUCCGUAAUGUGCUUCGGUGUGUUGUCAAGCGCUUUAUCGUCAGUAAUUACGUAUCAUAAUCCGGAAAAUCGACCUGUUAGAGGUAUUUGUGUCGCAAAUCAUACUUCACCCAUAGAUGUUCUGAUACUCAUGUGCGACAAUUGUUAUUCUUUGAUUGGUCAGAGACACGGCGGAUUUUUAGGGAUUCUACAAAGGGCUUUAGCACGUGCUUCACCGCAUAUUUGGUUCGAAAGGUCCGAAGUUAAAGACAGAGAAGCAGUUACGAAACGAUUAAAGAAACACGUUUCUGAUCCCACAAAUCCGCCUAUUCUUAUAUUUCCUGAAGGUACUUGUAUAAAUAACACAUCAGUUAUGCAAUUUAAAAAAGGAAGCUUUGAAGUAGGUGGUGUAAUUUAUCCUGUUGCAAUAAAGUAUGAUCCAAGAUUUGGGGAUGCCUUCUGGAAUAGUAGUCGAUAUUCAAUGAUGCAAUAUUUAUAUAUGACCAUGUCGAGUUGGGCUAUAGUUUGUGAUGUAUGGUACCUUCCUCCAAUGUACAGGAAUGAGGGAGAGAGUGCUAUUGACUUUGCAAAUAGGGUAAAGUCUGUCAUAGCAAGGCAAGGUGGAUUAGUUGAUUUACAAUGGGAUGGUCAACUUAAACGUAUGAAACCGAAAAAAGAAUGGCGAGAAAAACAGCAAGAAGAGUUGAGUAAACGGCUUAAAGUUGAAUAAAUCGAGUUGUCUCUAGUCGUAUUUUCACAAUCGAUAUAAUGUGUGAUAUUUUGCUUCAACGAUAUUUUACAUAAUGUUUUGUUGUAUCUUCUAUGUGGACAUUGAUGUUUAUGGAAGGGAAAAGAUAGCUCGCGUAUGUGGUCAGAUUUGUUUAAUUUUGC